GAAUCUCAAGGUUUACUGCAUCAAUGAUUAAGAUUUCUCAGAGAAGUUUUGGGGGGAAGAUGGGUAAUAAUAGGACGGGUGGGGUCCAGCCCUUAUCAGUUCCAGGUGUUGGCACAGGUGGUGGGACCCAGCUGCUGCUCAUUGCCCAAACCAAUGUACAUUGUCACUGACAAACAGGUGGAUCAUUCCUCCCUCCUCUUUUCAGAGAGGAGAAAAAAAGAGAUCGGUGGUGGGUGUUAAUGACCCUACCCUAAGUGGUCCCCAUUCAAACUUCUCUCCAUUAAUCUUGGCCGUUCAAUUUGUGGGCCACCCUCUUUGAUGGGCACUGAAUGAUUGGGUCUCAGUAUGGGAGAAAAAUCCUGAUGUUUCGAAACGUUUCAUGACUUCUCCCUAGUUGGCUGGCAAUUUGCGUUUCUGCCAUGGCCAUCACCUCCGACUUCCUUUAGAUGAACUAGUCUUCUUUAGGUGUUGUAUCAUUUAUGCAUCACUUGGAGCAGUAUUCAUGAUACUACAAUUUGGUGACAUAUGCAACUUGCGUUAGUGGCAUAUCUUUGAGUCCAGUGCCAUGGCAUGCCUGAUUGCAUGAUCACAAAAUCAGAUUGUUAAAAUAUGUACACACUUUUUUACUGUAGUUGAUGCUGAACCUUAUGGUCAU